GUUCCUUGAGAGAUCACGUGUGUUUGUGACUUUGUGAGUACCAAGGCCGCUAAUAUCAUAUCCAUAGCCAAGUUCUGCGCUGACGUCAGCGAAAUUAAGUGUUUGCAAAUAAAGGAAAUGGCUGACAAUGUGGACGAUCAAAGUGUGCUGUGUAUCAAAACAGUGGUUCUGACAAUCGUCAAAGACGCCUAAAACCGUUCGUUUUUCCAAUUGGACAAUGAUGAUCGAGUUGUCAUUUCGUUAAGUGAUAACGUUGAUAUCAGUCAAUCUAAAAAUACAGUGUUGACGUUGCGAAUUUCUUGAAAAUGCUGUACAUUUAAGUUUUGCACAAAGUCAACACUUUCAUUGGUGCAAGUGUUCCGUUCUGGUUUCCUAUUGGUGUAGGAAAUUGAUUGAAUGUAUUCAUGUGACCUUUAAUAAACCUGGUUUAUUGUUUCACAUAUUUUGUGAUUUAGCAUAAAAUUGUUCGGUUUGUUUUGUUAUCAAGUGCUUUCUCGUUUAUUGUGCCGUGCUUGUAAGUGGACGUUGACGAGUGACAUUGCCAGUGAGGUUCGUGAGAGGCUAUCGAAGGGAUCCAAAACAUUGAGUCAUGCUGAUGGUCUGAUUGUUAUGGUGGAUUUUUCAUUGACUCGACACGGGAUUUGAACUUUUAUCCUUGGUCACUACUAGUCAUGAGUGAUUUUACGAGGAAUUAUUUUGUCGAUCCUGGAAUAACAAUCAAAGAAGAACCCUUACGUGAAGAACCGUCAAUAAUGAACACUUCAGCUAGUGUCCCUAUUCCAUCACGCCGAAUAAUGGAAAUAUCCGAUUACAGAGAUUUUGGAAUCGAUUUAGAUAAUUCUCAAUCGCCACUUUACCCAGAUAGUACGUUAGGAAAUGUACAAACCCCUGACGGUUUUGAAACUACAUCAGUGUGGAGCAAUCGCCUGAUAAUCAACGAUGAAUCGAUAAAAACAGAAGCUUUGAUCCACAUGGACGACGACGAUAUAUUCCAAGUGGACAAAGCCGACCUUAUUCAAGGGCCUACUCUCGCCGAACUAAACGCAAACGACGACACUCUCCUAGGUGAUCUAAAUUUCGACGAUUUACUUCUGCCGGAGGAAACUUCGUACCUGAAUAUGUCCCAAAAAAUGUCAACGGCAUUUGUCCAAAAUUCAAACCACCUCAACAACAACAGUCCAAUCGUCACAGCUUCCUCGUCGUGCCCCCAACCCAGUAUGUUUCUCUACAGAGACCUUGAUCUACCAAUCACAUCGAACAACUUCGAUAUGUACACCUCGAAGACACCCGUUUCAGCAUUCAGCCCCGUGAGUCAGAGUUCGAAUUCGCCCCAAUUGCAGUCGUCGCCCCUUCAUGUCGGCUCGCAGAAACACAGUACUUUACACGAGUUGUUAAUGAAGAGAGAGAAUUACAUUUCGCCAGAUCGAGGGGUGGCUCCUGGAGUUCAAAAAAACACGCCGUCGUCGUCGCCCAAUGUGAGAAUGCCGAGGAGCCACACGUCGAGGUUGUCGUCUUCGGCUCCGACCCAUGUGGGAUUUGCCGAUAUUUGGCAAAGGAGGGAGCCGAGGAAGCAUUUGCUGUCGACGGGGUCGUUGGCGGAAGCCGGAUCGACUUCCUCGAUUUCCACGGGAGGAAUUUUGAGUCCGGAUCCGCAGGAUUUCUCCCAUGAUGAGUUUGAUACGGAUGAGGAGAGCGAUGGGGAUCAUCAUUAUGAGGAUGUCUCGUCGGAAAUAGAUUCCGAUGACGACGAACAUGUGCCUAAACACUCAAACAGCAAGAAAGAAAGGUAUUUCUGGCAAUACAACGUUCAAGCAAAAGGCCCCAAAGGGCAACGUCUGGUAAUGAAAUGUAAAAUGGAAGAUCCACACGUCCUUAACGAAGUAACUGAUCCAGUUUUUAGCCCUGAUUGUUCUGUUAGAGGUAUAAAACAUAGCGGAAAAGCGCGUAAAGGAGAUGGCAACGAUCUAACGCCGAACGCGCGAAAACUUUUUAAUAUUGGGAAAGAACUGGAUAAGUUAGGACGGACUAUUAACGAUAUGACGCCCGUUAGCGAAUUACCAUUUAAUGUGAGACCGAGGUCAAGAAAAGAGAAAAAUAAAUUGGCGUCCAGAGCUUGCCGUUUGAAGAAAAAGGCGCAGCAUGAAGCGAAUAAAAUAAAAUUAAACGGACUUGAACAUGAACAUAGGAACAUUCUACAUGGAAUUUCGCAGUGUAAGGAUUUGAUGAUGGCUAAGCUACAACAACAGUCACCUGAAAAACAGGAUGAAUUGUCGGCGAGGAUUGAAAAUAUUUUUAAAGCUGCAACAAGAUUGAAAGUUGCAGGAUUUACCACAGACUACGUUAAUAAGAUUCUAGAAAAGAUAAACAAAGGACAGCCUGUGACAGGAUUAGAAGAUAAUAUUUAAGUAUAACCAAAUCUGUAAUUGAAUCUCUAUAUCGCAUUUUAGAUUUAAGCAAAAAAUAUAUUUUUAAUUAAUAAUCAUAUUUAUGUAAUUUAAUUUGAUUACAAAUUAUUGUUUUAUAAUUACAUGUAGGUACAUUUUUUACAUUUUAUGUUGGUAGGUCGAUGAGACAAGAUGCAGUGUUUUGUUAUAGUUCCUACUAGAUUAUAUUGUUUUCUAUUAUUACAUUUAAAUACUUACUAAAAUAAAUAUUAAAGUUGUUUUACGGACAAUUGGAAUAUAAUUCUAAAUUCUUGUUAUUUUCAUUUGUUUCAGACAUCACUUUUGUUACCGGUUUUUUUGUUGUUUGCAAAAGUUGCAUGUUAUAAAAUGUUUUAAUUGUUUGCAUGUAAAAUUAUAUUAUCAUAAAUGUUGAUAAUUGUACAACUUUAAUAAGAUGUUGCAUGUAGAUUAUAAAAAUUUCGAAAGUAACGAUUACUGUAUUGCGCUUAAUAUGAAAGAAGUUGGUAUUUUACUUGGCAAUUAUUGAAGUAAACUAAACCAAAUUGACAGUGAAGUGAAUCGGCAGUUAUUUUUAUUUAUAAACUCUAUUAGAUCAUUAGUUUUUAGGGUAGAUUAAAGGUGUUUCUUAGUAAACAGUUAGCGACCUGCGUAUUUCUGUGCUUUUCAAACAAUUCUAUGUAAAGAGAAUACAACUAUUUUUGAAAUCAUUUUGGAACGACUACUAUAUUUUUGUAAAUCUUGUAAGCACACCAAUGAAUCGUUGAGAAUUGUGAUUAGAUGAUAAUGUGUUCAGUUUGUGAUAAGCUUUCUUUAUAAUGAUGUAAAUAUAAUGCAAAAGUGAGCUCAAUGUAAUCAGGUAUUUACAUUAAUCCAUAGGUUUUAUAAAGUGACAGAAUUUACAUGUAAGGGUUAGAAAAUAGGUUUAUUUUGAUAAAAGGGCUGUGUUUUAGGGUAUAAUUAUUUGCGUGUGAGCCAAGUAAAAUACAUUUGAUAUGAUGAUUGACAGUAUCACAAAAUAUUGGUCUAGUUUGUUCGAGAGUUGGUUUAAGCCUGUGAUGGCCAUAAAUAUAUUUUUUCAUGGAAUGCAGAUGAUUUAUCCAAAGUUUCGUGAUGGUUUUUAUACUUGUAGUUGUAAAUAUUGCCAUGCUUCGAUUUCUGUUUUGUAUUUUCAUAGUUACAGUUUACGUUAAUUUAUUUCUAUCGGUUAAGUUUGUAACUCUGUCGAUUUUUGUUUAAUGUUUAAAUAAUAAUAAAUGCUAUUUAUAAUUA